AUGGCUCGAUUUAGCUCCUCGCACAGGUCCCUCACAGCGGCUGUUUGCCUAGUGCUGUUAUUAUGUGGUUUUGUCUACCACCAAAAAGCGGAUCAGAGCACAUUUAUUAGCGUUUCGGGGUCGAAAGGUACCUCGAAGAAUACCCCGAUCGGAGACUGCUCUGUCGAUCUCGAAUACUUGAGAUCACUGGGGUUCAACCAUUCGGUGGAUUAUGCCCGAUGGAAUAUCCGAGUCACCGAAUCGAAGAAGUUUACGGAAUUCUCGGAAAGCCUGGAUGUUCCCGUUCCCGAGUUCAAUCGCCUCGAGCUCGAUACAGAGGCUGCUAUCGACACUCUUCCGGCGGGUCAAUGUCCCCGCGCUGUGAAGAUCGAGGCACCUAAGCGGAAAGCCCCGGUUGACGCAUCUCAUUUAAUGUUUGGUGUAGCGACUACCAUUGACCGAUUGGACGACUCCUUGGGGGCCAUCGCACGAUGGGCUGGUGGCACCAAAGCUCGGGUUAUCGCUCUAGUUGAGAGCGAUGCAAGCCUCAACAUAACCCAGGUCAUGCAACAUGCGAAAGAAUUAGACGUGACUCUCCAGAUCCUGGAAAACGACGAGGAAUUCUUGGAUCGCUACUAUAGACUCACCCGAAUCAUAUAUGAACUCCGCGAUGAGUCGACACAGUGGGCCAUCAUCAUUGACGAUGACACUUUCUUCCCCAACAUGGAGGGCCUGGUCGCCCAACUCGCUACCUACGACGAAACUAAGCCAUACUACAUUGGAGCACCAACUGAAAACAUGCAACAAAUGGCGUCCUUCACGUAUAUGGGAUACGGAGGCGCCGGGGUCUUCCUCUCAAUGCCCCUGCUGCAGGAAAUUGAUGCCCACUUCGACGAAUGCUUCGAGUACAAAGACCAUGGUGACAAGCGUGUGUCAAAAUGUAUCUAUAGAUACACAUCUACUAAACUCACUUGGGACCGACACCUCUUCCAACUCGAUCUCAGCCCGGAUGGAUCCGGCUUUUAUGAAGCUGGUCGCCAAUUACCCCUAUCAGUGCACCACUGGAAAUCCCCAGACUGGUUCCCCGUCAACAUUGUCGGUAUGAGCCAGGUCGCCGAUAUCUGUGGCCGCGAUUGCCAGCUGCAGCGCUGGAGAAUCACAGAUGACUGGUAUUUCAUCAAUGGAUUCUCGCUCGUCCGUUACUCGGAACCACAAGCACCGGAGGACUUGGCCUCCAUGGAACAGACUUGGUCUUAUUUCUCUUGGACUGAAGAUGAUUCCUACGAGUACAGCCUGGGACCUUUGCGUCCACGAGACAACGGAAAGUUAUCUUACCGUUUGCUAGAUGCGGUUUCUACAAACAAGCAGGUCCGGCAGAUUUACCUUCGCCAGACAGAUGAGUGGUACUAUGAUGACGAAGAGCCGGAGAAUCCGCAACUCCUGGAGGUUGUUUGGACAUUGGCAUAA